ACACCCACUUCGGGCUUCUUGUUAAACUGGAAAACAAACAUUUUUAUACAAGAACAUCUAAAUCCAGUCAAGCACAACAAACACUGCUGACUACAACAUGUAUACGACUAUUAAUAACAAUGAAUUGGACAGCGAAGGUGGAGGAGGGGGAGAUUAUUGAUUUUGAUAUUUAUGCGGCCUCACCGCUCAUGAGUGAAAAUCUGAAAGAGUACUCUCGUCGCCGGAUUAACGCCCCUGGGACAAAAAAGUCUAAAAUGGCGGUGACCUUCCUCGCCAACCAGAAGGCCUCACUUGAUUCCCGAAUUCUGGCGAAAACUCAAGGCGUGAUUCAGGAUGUGGAGGAUGAGACACCCCCAUCCUCUCAGGUCAAGGUAAAACUCAACAAAACGAAGAGGGUGAAGGGGACGGUCGGCAGAUUCAAAUGCAAGUCGUGCACAUACGCAACGAAUCACAAAAACGACUUUGCCAAGCACAUGACGACCCAUAGUCAAUCGAAGCCAUUUUCCUGCAAGAAGUGCAAAAGGGGAUUUGGUCGGAAAGAUAACCGCGACCGUCAUCAAUCAAAGUGUGGAGGGAGCGGAGUUGGCGGCAAGAGCUCCAUUAUGGAGUUAAUUACUAAGAGAGCUGAAGCUCUAAAAGUCCCCGUUCCAGAGAUUAGGGGUGUGUACAAAACCCCCAGCCAUAAGUAUAGACUGGAGAAGUUGAAGGUGGCGGAGCUGGAGAAGGUGAUUGCCAAGCUAAAGGAGGAGAACAUGCGCCUGACGAAAGAGGUCGCGGCUCUCAAGGGGAUUUCGGAGCCCCCAGAAGAGAAAGACAAGUCCUGGUGGUCAGAAUCGGAAGAAGAAAUGGAUAUUUAAGAUUCAGGGUUGUUUUAAUUUAAAUUUAAAAUUAGUUUAAGCUUAGUCCUUCGUGUUUUUUGUAGUUAAACUAUUCAGCUGCUAAUAAAACCAAAUCAAUUUUGAACAUA